AUGGGCGAUGAGGAGGCCGCGUGCAGCGACGAGAAGCACGUGGUGACGGAGGCCACCUUGGAGAGGACCGUGAACAACGCGACCGUACUUCGCUACCCGUUCAGCACGAUGGACCUCGGCUGGCUGGUAGGGUACAUUGACGCGUUUCUGCUCAAGUCGGAGCGGUGGUCGGCAGCGAUGCGCAUUACGACGUGUUUUAUGACGUUCACGGUGCUGCACGAGGACCCGCUCAUGGAGGAUGCAACCUUUCAGCUGCACAAGAUGAUGGUGGAUAGGAGCAUUAAGAAGAGUUGGCCCAGACGGAAUCGCGACCUCAGCAACGCCUUUGAUGCGGCGUAUCACGUUUUCGAGACCAUUUGCAUCGUCGCCAAGUAUCCCAACCUUGAACCGGCUGGCAAGGUGGGGAUUCUGCGCAUGAGCGAGAAACUCAUCCAAGGCAUGGAGAAACCGAUGGAUCCUCCGUUGCCCAACGUGGAUGUUAAACGGAGAAGUGAGGCUUUGAGUGUCACCUUGACACGGUUGCAGGCGUUGGGGCGGGUGCCGGAUUCGCUUGACGCCUUUGAUGCGUUAAUGGCCUCGCUGAAGAUGGUCUUCUUCUGCUACGCAGCCUCGCUUGGUGUGCAAAACAUGCUGCAGGACACCAACAUCAGCCAGACGAACUCGUACGUGUGCUGUGAGGGUUGCCCCUGCUACGUUAAAUUUCGCACGACGUACACCUUGUUUAUCCGGGACGUGGAAAAGACGAAGGUGAUUGACUGCCUGCUCAUGAUGGCUGUGAAGGAGGAUGACGCCUUUGUAAGCAAGUUGACUGAGGGCCUGUUUGCGCAGUUUGAUUGUCGCAGCCCUUUUCUUGAGAAGCCCGUGCGGCGCAUUCAGAACGGGGCCCUGUUUAUGGUGCGGAUUGCGCUCUUUGACGCCUUCCGGCACACCAAGGCACUCCUUAUGGACUCCCGCGCCUCGCCGGCGAGCCUCGCCCCGCAGCUUGACAGCGUCGCCCUGGCGCUCUGCAUCGCCCGCCGGGAAAUGAAGGGGGUAAAGGGGCUGAGCGAGCACCCCCCGCUGGUCGACAAGGCGCUAGCGACGGCUGACGGCAUCUACCCGCGCCUGGGGACGGAGAAGGCGUCGCAGGGGCUGCGCGCUUUAAAAGACCACAUCGCUAAAAUAUUUGCGCUAGUGAGCGCCCCGCAAUUUCACCUCGCCGCGCACAGCAAGGACCCGCCGCUCGGCAAGGACGCCAAUUUGCGCUGCGGCAACCCCAUGUGCCCCGGGCAGGUGAAGGAGAUGCUGAAAUGCAGCGGCUGCCGCGUCACGUUUUACUGCUCCGUCGCAUGCCAGCGCGAUGACUGGAAAACGCACCGCUUCCUUUGCAAGGAAAUGGGGUGCCGCAGAACGGCGCCCGCGCCGGUCGCGAUUGCGGAGUGCCCCAUACAAACUUUGAAACCCGCAGCCCUCCAAGCGUGA